UUAUUAUAUGAAUAUUGUCAUUGUAAUUUAUGUUUAUCUUCAAGACCCAGACUGCUCAUAAUUAUAUGAUUUGUUGUUAACUUAUUUUCAUGUAUUGUUUUGAAGUGCUAGUGCAAUAAGUUUCAAAAGAGUGAUAUGAUGUUCAAACCUCUCAAAUAAAAAAAAAAUUGAGUUAGAUAGUUUUCCGAAGAUUCCAAAAAUGAAAAUUGAUCAAGCAUAAUGGAAAUAUAUUUCAAAAUCACAAAUAAGAAAAAAAUUUAGAAGAUAAGAUAAAGAAAGUUGAAGAAGUUAAGUUACUUUUUCUGUGGUUAGAUAAUUCUAGUGAAUUUUCCAUUGUAAUUAUUUAAUAUGUUUAUGGCGUGAAGUUGUCAGAUAAUUUUGUUAAAACAUUUUAAUAACAAGAGUGACCAACUAGCUGAUCCACUUGGCGAAACAAUAAAUUCAAUAAUACAGCAGCAUGAUUAUCACAUUGAAUCCGCGAAGAAGGAAAAUGAAAAACAUUAGCGAAAUCUAUUUAUAAUUGUCAUAAUAUUGAAAAUUAUAAAAUCUCCAAAAAAAAAGUAUAAAUCAACUUGUGAUAAUAUGGCUCAGCCAAGUAAUUUGAAGAGACGAAAUGGACCGGCUCCAGAUCCAUCAGGUUCUUCAAGUGGUGGGGGCAAUAACCCAUUAAGUAGUCUUCCUAAUGGAAAUCCAGGAACACUUACAGACGAAUUAGCUGCUUUAUUUGAAUGCCCUGUUUGUUUCGAGAUUGUUUUACCACCUAUUAUGCAAUGUCAAGUUGGUCAUCUUGUAUGUGCUAGUUGCCGCCCAAAAUUAUCAUGUUGUCCUACGUGUCGAGGAACUUUAGGAAAUAUAAGGAAUCUUGCCAUGGAAAAGGUAGCCAAUAAUUUAAUGUUCCCAUGUAAACACAAAUCAACUGGCUGUCGAAUGUCCUUAGGAUUGAAUGAAAAAGCAGAACAUGAAGAGAUUUGUGAGUUCAGACCUUAUAGCUGCCCCUGUCCUGGUGCUUCUUGUUCUUGGCAGGGCCAAUUAGAUAAGGUUAUGGUUCAUCUUCAACAUGCCCAUAAAAAUAUUACUACAUUAAAUGGGGAAGAUAUAGUAUUCUUAGCAACAGAGAUCAAUUUAGCAGGUGCUGUUGAUUGGGUUAUGAUGCAGAGUUGUUUUGGACACCAUUUUAUGUUGGUUUUAGAAAAGCAAGAAAAAAGUGAUGGUCAUACCCAAUUUUUUGCUAUUGUGCAACUCAUAGGAUCUCGAAAACAAGCAGAACAUUUUGCAUACAGACUGGAACUAAAUGGUAAUAGGAGAAGGCUUAUUUGGGAAGCAAUGCCAAGAUCAAGUCAUGAAGGAGUGGCAUCCGCAAUCAUGGGAUCUGAUUGUUUAGUUUUUGAUAAUUCAAUUGCACAGCACUUCGCUGAUAACGGUAACUUAGGAAUAAAUGUUACCAUAUCAUUAGUUUGCUGAACAUUGUUUUUGAAUCUAUGUUGUUUAAGGCUUCUAUCAUUAUUAUUUAUAUUUCAAUUUAGAUUAUCUUUCCUUUGUAUGAAAAACCGACUUAAUUCAUGAAUAUUUGAUAUAAUGAUUGAGUUACAUAAUUUUUAUUUAUGAUUGUUAUUUAAUUAUCCUAAUUUGUUGUUAAAUGCUUUCAUUUUAUAUUUAUACUUUUAAAUUCGAAUCAUCUCUCCCAUUUCAAUUAAGAAAUUAGUUCAUCUAUUACAUAAUGAUUGUUACAUAAUUUUGAUUUAUGAUUGUUAUUGGAGUCGAUUACGUAUUUACAGUUUAUAAUAAUCAUAUCAAUUAAGAUAUCGAAGUGAUUUAGAAUAAACCGAAAAACAUUCCGUGGUUUUGUAUCCAAAAUUUUAGUUUGCGUAAGUGGAGAAUUGCUUUACUCAAAUCGAUUCUAUAAUAUUAUUUCAACAAUGUUUUUUAUUAUUAUUGGAAUCUGAGAUCGAAGCAUAAUAUUCAUUGUCUGAUGAUCGAUAAGUCAUAAUUAGUCAAUAAGACAGAACUGAUUUAAAAAAUUGUUUUUCAAAUGUGAUGUUGAAAUCUGUGUGGAAAUAACUGAUGGAGAAUCGUAAGACUAUCAGGAAGAUAUUAUCUAUAUUUGAAAUUAUUUUGUGAAAAUUUGUAAAUUGUUUUAGGUUCUUUUGGGAAUUGUAUUGAAUGAAUAUUCUAGGAUGGGUAUGUAUGGACAGAAUUACUUGCGACCUUAUUAAAUAUAUUCUUCCUUAGAUUUUAAUUAAUGAUCAGGCCUUAUUUUCUAAUAAUCUAAAAAAUUUCUGACUGGUUUGAUCAAUUUCUUAUUCCAUAUAUACCUUGAAUUUAUUUCAUUUGAAGACUACAUAUUGUACAGAUGAUUUUAAUAGACAAUUAGGAAUUUGCAGGGAAUAUCCAAAAUGAAGUAUUUGUGAGGAGAAUAUUUAUGAUCAAUUCAAUAUUAGUUCAUAAAUUUAUAUAAAAUGACCCUGGGUGUACAUAUUUGAUGAUUGAACAAAUUAUAUUCAAAUCAAGCCUCCUUGUAACUGAGAUCAUUAAACUAUUUGAAAAAAUUGCAAGUUUUAAAUUUUCAUAAA